CUCCCCGCGCGCCGGGGCCCAAUGGGCGGCGGGAACGCGCCCGGGGGGGAGGGGAGAGCGCUGCGGGUGCGCGCACGCACAGCCGCGGGGCCGCGCCUUGCCCCGUGCGUGCGCGCUCCCGGCCCCCCCCGCCUUCCCCUCUCUCUGUGUCCCUCUCUCUCCCUCUCUCCGCCGCGCUCGGCCGGCUCUGCCCCCCCUUUGUGCGCGCUCCGAGCCGCCCCCGCAUCGCCGACUCGCCAUGGCCGACGAGAAGCCCAAGGAAGGAGUGAAGACUGAAAACAAUGACCACAUUAAUCUGAAGGUGGCAGGGCAAGAUGGGUCUGUGGUGCAGUUUAAGAUUAAGAGGCACACACCACUUAGUAAACUAAUGAAAGCCUAUUGUGAACGACAGGGGUUGUCAAUGAGGCAAAUCAGAUUCCGGUUCGAUGGGCAGCCAAUUAAUGAAACAGACACACCUGCACAGUUGGAAAUGGAGGAUGAAGAUACAAUUGAUGUGUUCCAGCAGCAAACAGGAGGAGUUUACUAAAACAAACACACAAAAAAGAACCUGCUACUUUCCUCUCCAGAACUGUGCUCCCACAGGCGACACUUCACAAUUAGAAAAAUGAGACUUGGUUCAGCCACAUCCUGACUACUGCAGUAUAGUUUUCUCUCUUCUCUCUGAUUUUUUUUCUUAUUCCUUUUAUUGUACAUAAAGUAACUGGUGAUGUGCACAGGCAUAAUGCAUAUUUUUUUUUUAACUAAAUGGCCAAUGGUAUGUUUUGAUCAACAUUUAAUGGAGAUGGGGUGGGAAAACAAACUGGUUCUGUGAAAAUGCCCCUCUCUCCGUUAGUGGCAUGCUCCUUCUACUUUUACAGAAUCACAGAAUAAGCCGAGUUAUCUUUAUAUUCCAGUAAGUUAUUUUGCUCUCACUGUUCAAAAACAAAAACAUUGCAUACCUUGUUUGAUUGGAUAAUUUCAAUGUUUUUCUUUUAUCAUUGUAAAACCAAGGGCAAUUUUAUAACUUUUUUGUACGUAGCUGUUACAUGUAGAGCAAUCUCUGUCUAAGUAGGGGUAAAUUACUCUUUAAAAAAAAAAAGGAAAAAAAAAAGUCCUAGGUAGUUUUCCCUUCAAGUAAAACGUCUUGUUGUUUAAAUAAACUUCUUGUUUAAAAUAACCAGUUUUCUUUCUUUUUCUGUGGAGUAAUAGUACUCAGCAGCUGCAUUUCUUUCUCUGCAGCACUUUAUGCUUCUCAAAUCUCAGCUUUCUCUGUGGUAAGUAAACAUAGUCCCCUCUGUCUAGGCAGAAGACUGUUAAAAAAAGAAAGGCUUCCUUGAGGUCUGUCAGUCAGCAGUUGAACUGGAAAUAGAAGUCAGUUUUCUCUUAUUUUGAUUUAUUUUUAUUUUUUGUGAAUGUUCUGCUAAGCUAAAACUGUUUGAUUAGGCAAACUGCAAAAUACUGAACUACUUAGUAAUGCCUUUGGGUUGAGCUCUUCUUGUCAGUCUUUAUUAGAAGCAUCAAUAUUGUUGUUGCAGUAGUUUAUUUCAGACUCUGUAUUUGAAUGCUUAUUGAUGUAAACAUCAAGUUAAAGAGAGCAAAUAAUUUCAUUAACCAUUCAGUUUACCAUGGUAUCAAAUGGGAGCUACUUGGAAAUGUAAAGCAAAAAUAAAAAAUUGAGUUCUGUUUUUGGGUGUAUUUA